CUCUAGUUGUAGCAGUGGUUGAAGGUGAUACAGUAGAAAUUACAGGUAGAAUAUUUUGUUUGCAAUUCAGUGGUUUGAGCGGUUGUGUUGAAUCGAUAUCGGAUGUAGUUGUUGCAGUAGAGUUAAGGUUACUUACUGGAGAUACAGUAGCGGCAGAUGCUGGACUUGUGGUUACCGAAGCAAUAGUUGUUGUUCCAUUUCUUACUGGUUCUGUGCUCUCUGCAGCUCUAGUUGUUGCAGAGGUUGAAGGUGAUACAGUAGAAACUUCAGGUGGAAUAUUUUUGUUUGCACUCAAUGGUUUGGGAGAUGGUUGUGGUGAAUUGAUAUCGGAUGUAGCUGUUGCAGUAGAGUUAAGGUUACUUACUGGAGAUACAGUAGUGGCAGAUGCUGGACCUGUGGUUACCGAACCAAUAGUUGUUGUUGCAUUUCUUACUGGUUCUGUGCUCUCUGCACCUUUAGUUGUUGCAGAAGUUGAAGGUGAUACAGUAGAAACUACAGGUGGAAUAUUUUUGUUUGCACUCAAUGGUUUGGGAGACGGUUGUGAUGAAUCGACAUCGGAU